CCACCACCUCCACCUCCACCACCUCCACCACCGUUUGAUCCUCUCAAAGGCCACACUGAUUUCGAGACAAAUAUACCACCAAUACAACGUUCGUUUGGCACCCCACCACUCCACCAUGUUGAGAAAUGCGAACAGCGCCGAUUGUUAGUUAAGAAGGCGUUUUUACAUGGCUGGACUGGUUACAAAACCUACGCAAUGGGGGCUGAUGAGCUGAUGCCAAUCUCCAACAAAUCUCACAAUCCAUUCGGCGGUUGGGGCGCAACGCUGGUCGAUUCCCUCAGCACUCUCCUGAUAAUGGAACUCGACAGUGAAGUUGAGCUAGCCCUAACAAACAUCACAGCCCUUAAUUUUACGAUUAAUGAGAAUAUAUCCGUGUUUGAAUCGACUAUCCGAUACCUGGGCGGGUUUUUGAGUGCAUAUGAACUUUCUGAACAAAAAUACCCAGUCUUACUCGACAAGGCAAUCAGUUUAGCGAAUACUCUUUUGCCUGCAUUCGAUUCACCCUCCGGAUUGCCGUACCAUCAUUGGAACACAGCCACAAAAAAAUCACCAAACCAAAAUACCUUUUUUGCAGAGGCUGGUACUGUCCAGUUGGAAUUUAUGAUGCUUACAAGGCAUACUGGAAAUCCGGUAUAUCAGGAAAAGGCACAAGCAAUUACUGAUCUGUUGGACAGAAUGGGGUACGAACAUGGCCUUCGUAUCCCAGGACUUUAUCCUUCCGAAAUGGAUACCAGAGGAAGAUUUAAGAAAUCCAUGGUGUCAUUUGGUGCUAUGGGCGACAGUGCUUUUGAGUACUUUCUUAAAGAACAUUUAUUGGUCGAAGGCGAAAACCCCCAAUAUGCACGCAUGUACACCGAGUCAAUUGAUAGUAUGACACACCACAUGCUACGCCAAUUAUCAGGGACUCCUCUCCUUUAUCUACCUCCUUAUAAUUCUAUAACACGCACACCAGACAGCUACAUGGAUCAUUUGACUUGUUUUGUACCUGGCAUGUUAGCUAUGGGCGCAAAAGUACUAGAUCGACCACAGGACAUGAUAUUGGCUAAAGGUCUUUUAGAAACCUGUGUGUACAUGUAUCGCCACACGAAUACUGGCCUUAGUCCCGAAAUUUGGUCUAUAGCAGGCACGGAACCUUACGACAGACUGACCUACAACCGAACCAAAGAAGAACUUGAUUAUGCUAGAAACUGGUGGUUUAAGCCAAAUGCAACAAUCCCUCCACCCCCAUCAAUUCCUCCCGCCCAGGUCCCUGAGGAAGAGCUAUAUCCCGAAAACUAUGUAUUGGGACCCAUGGUACUUGCUUCUGAUCAUUUGCGAAUCAUCGACUGGAGAUAUCUUUUACGACCAGAGACAGUCGAGAGUAUUUACAUACUGUAUCGAAUCACAGGUGAUCCAAAGUAUCAGGAGUGGGGAUGGGAUAUAUUUGAAGCCAUCGAGAAGCACUGCAAGACACCAAGUGCUUAUGCAGUUGUGCGUAAUGUAUUACAAUAUACUAAUGCAGAGCACCCUUACAUGAACCAUGCAGACUCGAUGGAAAGUUUUCUUUUUGCCGAGACGUUCAAAUAUCUUUAUUUACUCUUCAGCCCACCAGAUAUCAUUUCACUUGAUCAUUUUGUCUUUAAUACGGAAGCUCAUCCUUUCCGGCGC